UGUGACGCGUGAAUUACGGCUGUGUGCUUAUAAGCCUGUCCGACUCUUUGUGCUUCAGGCCAAAGUUAAUGAUUAAGCGAUUCAAUGCGUAACGUUUCUCCGGUAAAAUGUUACCAGAACAGAGAAAAGACAUGUCGGAAGCACAAAAUUUGUUGACGUUUGAGGUGAAAUUAAAUAAAAAACAUAAUGAAGAACUAGGAAUAAAUAUUUACGAAAAGGUAACCAACGGAGGUAUCUAUGUCAGCAGCGUUUUUCCAGAGGGCUUGGUUGCUGCCGAAGGCUCGAUUACACCUGGUGAUCAGCUUUUGAAAAUUAAUGAACAAGAUGUUACUGAAUAUUCCAAAACCGACAUCGUCGAGCUCUUGAAGUUUAGCAAAGGAAAUUUACUGCUGCAGAUAGGGAGGCUCAGACGUUUCGAGGAACAAGAAAGUGAAUACAGAUCCGAAAUAGCAAAACUACUAGCUGACAUUGAGCGCGAGAGCUUGAAACUGGAACAGGCAUAUUUGUUUCAACGAGGAAGUUAUGAAUUCGAUACCAGUCCGAACGAUUGCUUUGUGGAAAUCGAGAAGAAAUCUCCACAAUUAGGAAUAAAAAUUGCGGGGGGCCUAAAUUCGCCUCUGGGAAAUGUUCCUGUUUUCAUUGUGACUGUAGAGCCAUUGGGUGCAGCAUCGAAAAAGCUGAAACUUGGGGAUAAAAUUCUUAGUAUAAACGGCCAGUCAACUGAAAACAAAACUCACGAAGAAGUUGUUUGGAUGAUCAAAGCUGCUUCUCCUGAUUCUAUACUAUUGAUGAAAGUGAGGAGAGGAGAAGAUGACGUAUUAAAAUUGGUGAAUUAUUUGACAGAGACAUCCAACACGGUCUCUCGUAUGAUUACGUCAUCCCUGAAUUUGGAAAUAACCCCCGAAUCUUCAGUAGCGGAUCCAGAAAGUUCAGAUGAAUCUUCUUCAACUAGUAAAACCUAUAACAUGACUUUGACCAAGGCGGAAGCGGCAAGGAGACUAGAAAUUAUUCUUGACCAAGGAGAAGAUGGGCUUGGCUUCAGUGUUGUAGGGGGAGUUGGAUCUAUACAUGGUGAUCUUCCAAUUUUUGUAAAAUCCGUUUAUAGCAACGGCGCUGCUGCAGCGGAGGGUCGGUUACGUCGCGGCGACAGAAUUCUCGCAGUAAAUGGUGAAAGCCUGGACGGAUGUACGCACGAAGAAGGAGUAGCAUUGCUGAAGAAGUGGAAGGGGCGGAUUGUACUUAGUGUAAUUCCAACAUAGUAUAGAUACUGGAUACUAAGUAGUUAUCAAUUUGUGACAUCUUUAUAUGCAGUAUUGUUUUUAUUGUUUGAAAACACAAGACUAUAUUUCCAGACAAAACCAUUUUAUGACAUAAACAAGUAUUUGACAAGUACCGUUUUAGUAUUAUUGAAACACACUUUAGACUUUAUGUACAUAUUACUUCCAUAAUUUGAGAUAUAGAUUAGCCCAAUACACCUCGAAGUUAUCACUUCGGUGUUUACAGUAAAUUUCCUUCACGACAAAUUCCGGUCGUAUUUAAUCAGUAUAUAUAUUAAUUAUUCAAUGAACAUUUAAUAUACUCAUUGACCGAAAUUGUUUUUUCUUAUCGACAGUCCGUCAUCUGCGUCUCUUCAAAUACAAAAAAAAUUGCACGUGA